AUGGUGUACCUUCCAAGAUAUGUGGCGUUCAAAUCAAAAUUCCAUGGUCUUUACCUGCGCUAUGUGAAUGACGAAGCUUCAUCUAUACACACAUUCUUGGCGAGUUCUGAGGAGAACGUUGUAAGUCCAUACACAAAGUUUGAAUUGGAGACAGCAAACUGUGAUUCCUCAUUGGUCAACAUACGAUGUUGCUACAACAACAAAUAUUUGGUCAGUUUGUCAUCGGACUCAAGUUUUAUUGCUGCAAAAGCUGAGAAGAUAGAAGAAGACAAAUCCAAAUGGGCAUGCACAUUAUUCAAACCUAUUUACGACAGUGCUGAGAAAGCAUAUCGAUUUCGUCAUAUCUAUCUUGGCUUUGAUAUAUACUUGUUGAGAAUCACUCCUGUUUAUACUAAUUGUUUGGUUGCAGAUUCCUCAGGCACUUGUGUAAAACUUUGUGAUCUUAAUACAAUCAUUGAUUGGGAAACGUUGGUUACAUUACCUAAACAUGUUGCUUUCAAAGGUGACAAUGGUUGCUACCUCAGGGCAAGAUGGAUGAAUGACUAUGGAUUCUUGGAAUUUGAAACCACUGACAUUGGAGAUCCUGCCGUUCCAAUGGAAACCUUCACAACAAAAGAUGGAAGUAUUCGUAUAAAGUCAAAUUAUAUUGGAAAGUUUUGGAGACGCUGCCAUAUACUUAAUUCUAUAUUGGCAGAAUCAACUGACGUUACAAACAUAGACUCAAAUACUUUGUUUUGGCCAACCAAAAUCGAUAAUAAUACCAUUGCUCUACGCAACUUGGGUAACAACUGCUUCGUCAAAAGAUCCAGUUAUCCAUUAGUGGUGAAUGGACUCCGUCCUUUGGUCAGAACUAUUGACCAAUAUUCAAAAUUUCAAAUAGAAGAGGCUGUUAUUUCACGAGACAUAUAUGACGUACAUUUUCGACCAUCAGAUGCUAGGAUCUACGAUCAAAGUUUACUGGUGAUGGCCACUGGAACUGCUACUAAUAAGACAGAAGUACCCAACACUGUGGGCUUGCGUCUCAAAUAUACAGACACGAAAUCUAGCACGUGGAAUGCUUCAGUUUCAUUGAAGUUAGGUGUGAAAACAAAAAUUCAAACGAAAAUACCCUUUUUUGUAGGGGGAGAAGUUGAAAUUUCUGCAGAGUUUUCAGGAGCAUAUCAGUGGGGAAAAAGUGUAACGAAAUCAAGAGACCUUGAAACGACUUAUCAUGUAACUGUGCCACCAAUGACCUCUUUGAUUGUUAGCUUGUUAGCAACGCAAGGUACAUGUGAUGUUCCCUACUCAUAUACUCAACGUGAUGUUCUCAUUGAUGGAGAAAUAGCUACCUCUCACCUAGACGAUGGCGUUUACAGUGGCACCAGUUGCUACAACUUCACAUAUCAGACCAAGAAGAUACCUAUGCCUGCAUGA